AUGACUUCUGCUAAAAUGCAAAUCGAGGCUGCUAACAAAUCCGUUACCAAACCAGAGAAGGUUCUCUGUGUCUUUUGUGGUUCUUCACCAGGGUCUGACCCAGCUUACACCGAAGCUGCCAAUGAAUUGGGCAAAGCCCUUGCCCAAAGAGGCUAUGGUUUGGUCUACGGUGGCGGUGACUGCGGGUUGAUGGGUAGUGUUGCUCGUUCGUGUGUAGUCAACAAUGGGUAUGUCCACGGUAUUAUUCCUCAAGCCCUUUUCGAUAGAGAGAGAAAUGCUCAAAUUGUUGAUGGUCAAUAUGGUAAAACCACCGUUGUCAACGACAUGCACACCCGUAAGAGGAUGAUGGGGAAUGAAGCUUCUAGUGGGUUCAUCACUUUGCCAGGCGGGUACGGUAGUUUGGAGGAAUUAGCUGAGGUUAUUACUUGGUCACAACUUGGGAUCCAUGACAAGCCAGUGAUUGUUUACAAUAUUAAUGGUUUCUUUGAUGGACUCAAGACGUUCUUUGAACACUGUAUCGACCAAGGGUUCAUUAAAAGAACACAAAAGGAAAUUGUUGUGUUUGCCAACACUUUGGAAGAAGUUUUGGAUCAAAUUGAAAAUUACAAGAUUCCAGAAUCCAGAUAUAACUUGAAAUGGGAAAACCAAUGA